CAGCUUUUUUGAAAGGUAAGGGCAAAAUCUUGGAAAUAUGCCGCGAGGCCCUCAUAACGGCAAUGAGCAAAUUUAAAUUUCCCCUUCUGUACAAACCUCCCAUGCGAGUGCUUCACUUCUCCCCUCCUUCCUCGCCCGCGUUUGCCCUAAAUUCGAAAUCUCUGCAGCUGCAACCCGAAGAGCUCCAGCAGAACUCCUUUUCGUUCCCACAAACCCCCAAUCCAGAAUCUUAUUCCUUCCCUCUCUGUCUUGACCCCAGAUCCUUCCUUUCUGCCUUAGUCCAAUGUCAAACCCACUUCCAGAUACGAAAAGUUCACGCCUUGGCGAUCGCAACCGCCAUGAUAGACAACCUUGGUGUGGCCAACAAGCUCAUCUACAUCUAUGCGCAGCACAAGGCGAUGGCCGACGCCUGCUUCCUUUUCAGCCGGAUGACAGAACGAGAUAAUGUCUCCUGGAGCGUAAUUAUCGGCGGGUUCUCAAAACUGGGAGAUAAUUAUAAUUGCUUGAAAGCUUUCAGGGAUUUUGUCCGCUCUGGCCUUCCCAUGGAUAACUACACUCUUCCCUUUGCUUUACGAGCUUGCAGGGAUACACUAUCUCCGCGGACCGGUGAGGAGAUCCAUCACCUCGUUAACAAAUUCGGAUUACAGUCUGAUGUUUUCAUUUCCGCGUCUUUAGUAGAUAUGUAUGCGAAAUGUGGGCAAGUAGAAGAUGCCCGCAAGGUGUUCGAUCAAAUGCCUAAACGGGAUCUGGUUUCAUGGACGGUCAUGAUUUCUGGCUAUGCUGAGUGUGGAAAUCCUGAAGAAUCAAUGGCAUUGUUUGAUCAGAUGAAGGAUAAUGGUACAUUACCUGAUAAGGUCGCCAUGGUGACCGUUGUCUUUGCCUGCGGGAAGCUCGGGGCUAUGCACAGGGCAAAGGCGAUUCAUGAUUAUAUUCGGAGAAGAAAGUUUUCAUGUGAUGUUAUUCUGGGCACCGCAAUGAUCGAUAUGUAUGCUAAAUGCGGAAGCGUCGAUGCGGCAAGGGAGAUCUUCGAUCAAAUGAAAGUAAAGAAUGUGAUUUCAUGGAGUUCAAUGAUUUCAGCUUAUGGCAUUCAUGGCCGUGGGAGGGAAGCUCUCCAGCUAUUCCCUCCAAUGAUACAGAGCGGUAUUCAUCCCAAUCGAAUCACUUUUGUUUCCAUUUUCUCUGCUUGCAGUCAUGCCGGCUUGGUGGAAGAGGGCAGACAGUUUUUCGAAUCAAUGGAGAAGGACUAUUCCGUAGAACCUGAUGUGAAGCAUUUCACUUGCAUGGUGGACCUUCUCGGCCGUGCGGGACGACUCACUGAGGCGCUGGAGUUGACAGAGAUGAUGAAAGUUGAUAAAGAUGAGGGCUUUUGGGGCGCAAUCUUAGGGGCUUGCAGGAUCCAUGGUGAUAUAGGAUUGGCUGAGAAGGCAGCGAAAAGCCUUCUUGAGUUCAGUCCUAGGAAUGCAGGGUACUAUGUUCUGCUCUCGAACAUAUAUGCGAAAGCUGGGAGGUGGGAAGAGGUGGCCAAGGUGAGAGAGCUGAUGACUGGCAGGAGAGUGAAGAAGACACCCGGCUCGACAUGGAUUGAAAUCAAAGAUAAGACAUUUCAGUUCAGAGUGGGGGACAAGUCCCAUUCACAAUUUAAGGAGAUUAAUGAAAUGCUGAAGGUUUUGAUUGAGAAGCUGGAGCUGGCUGGCUAUGUUCCUGAUACCAACUUUGUGCUGCAUGAUAUAGAGGAGGAAAUCAAAGCUGAGUUUUUGUACACCCACAGUGAGAAGUUGGCUAUUGCAUUCGCUCUCGUUGCGACGGAUGAGGGUUCUGCAAUCAGGAUGACGAAGAACCUGAGAAUAUGUGGUGAUUGCCACACGUUUACGAAAAUGGUCGGCGACAUUGUGCGCAGGGAGAUUGUUGUUCGAGACGGCAUUCGCUUCCACCAUUUUGCUAAUGGCUCUUGUUCUUGUGGGGAUUACUGGUAAUUUGGAAGGAAGAUGUUUACAGUGAGGUUAACUAUUAGGUGUAACUCAAAUAUCAGAUAAGGGACAAAUGCUGGAGUGGAACAUAGUGGAAGCAUUUGUCUAACUGUGGGAGUUUCGUUAAAUGGGUUGGGUUGCCCUGCGGUACGGUACAAAA